UGUGAAUAGAGUCAGCAAACAUCCGAUUCCUCCUUCGGCAAACAACCAAAGUCAGCCUCGGACUCGCGCGGAAAAAUUUCCUAGAAAAUUCCAAGUCUCAACGCUAAAUAAUCCAGAAAAUUAUGUUAACCUCGAGUGAAUCGGUUGCGCUGAGUUUCGCGUUGACGUUUCUAAACGCGGUUCUCCACUACAUCCUCUACCGCGUGGCCGUCGCUUUCAUCCUCUUCGUCAAGGGAUCGAUAUUUUGGGUACUCGAUAAGAGCGAUAGAUUCUUACACCGACCUGCAGUCGUCGACAGACGCAUCCGAUCGAGCAAGUCCAGGGAAAGGGACGAUUCUCCCGACGAAUACGUGGCCACUUGAGGACGUGGCUAUGUUUUCGGUAACGCAAGAGGAUUUUUUAUGGCCUCGACUGGUGCCGUUACGCGAGAAAGCCUCGCAACCACCCCUGAGAACAGGACACAGGGUCUUCUGCCAUAAUCCUGAUGUGGAUCGGUCAUGCAUUUGCAAGCAAGAAAAUUCUCAAGAUUACACGCAGAGGACAAACAAGCACGAACAAAUGGAAGAAAAGGACGACAGUGUCCUGAUGAGCCGAGAAAAGUUCAUGUCGUUGAACGAAAAUUCAGGGGAGAGGCGUUUGGAAGGGAAUGGGAAAUUGAAAAGCGUUUAUCAAGUGGAUUUUGCAUCGAACGACGUAACGUACGACCGUUUGAUGAAAGAAGCGCGUGCAUCGGACAGAAACCAAGAAUCUAUGUGUACAAAAUUUAGCGCUUAUGUGGAUCCUUUUCCAUUUAAAAAGAGAAUAGAUGAAAAGCCCUUGUUUUGCUAAAAACAUCUACAUACAUACAGCUUAUACGCCCGUUUUGUGGUACAUGUAGAAUGAAAUACAAAAUAUUUCCGUA